AGCGGAGCACGAAACCGUCCUCCUCGCUUCCUCCUGCCAUUAUUAUUUCUCCUCCUGCAUUGCUUCCUUCCUCCCCUGGCCACUCCUCGUCCUUAUCGUCAACCACCAUUGCUCCUUUCCCCCAAGCAACACAACUCCCGGCCUCCCGGGCCCAAUCCCGCCGCGAGCCCCGCCCAGCCAGCCAUGGAUCCGUACAAGCACCGCCCGUCCAGCGGGAACAACUCCAGCUUCUGGACCACCAACUCCGGCGCCCCCGUCUGGAACAACAACUCCGCCCUCACCGUCGGCCAGCGAGGACCCAUCCUCCUUGAGGACUACCAUCUGAUUGAAAAGCUUGCUCAGUUCGACAGGGAACGUAUCCCUGAACGGGUAGUUCAUGCACGGGGAGCCAGUGCCAAGGGUUUCUUUGAAGUAACACACGAUGUUUCUCACCUUACAUGUGCUGAUUUUCUCCGGGCUCCUGGGGUUCAGACCCCUGUUAUUGUUCGGUUCUCCACAGUUGUGCAUGAGCGUGGAAGCCCUGAGACCUUGAGGGAUCCACGUGGUUUUGCUGUCAAGUUCUACACCAGAGAGGGUAACUUUGACCUUGUGGGUAACAACAUGCCUGUCUUUUUCAUCCGAGAUGGGAUGAAAUUCCCUGACAUGGUUCAUGCUUUCAAGCCAAACCCAAAGACCAAUUUGCAGGAGAACUGGAGAAUAGUAGACUUCUUCUCACACCACCCAGAGAGCAUGCACAUGUUCACCUUCCUCUUCGAUGAUGUUGGCAUCCCACUCAACUACAGGCACAUGGAGGGUUUUGGUGUGAACACCUACACCUUGAUCAACAGGGAUGGAAAGCCUCACCUUGUCAAAUUCCAUUGGAAGCCUACUUGUGGUGUGAAAUGCUUGUUGGAUGAUGAAGCUGUUACUGUUGGAGGCACCUGCCACAGCCAUGCCACAAAGGAUCUAUAUGAUUCUAUUGCAGCGGGGAAUUACCCAGAAUGGAAGCUUUACAUUCAAACCAUUGAUCCUGACCAUGAGGAUAAAUUUGAUUUUGACCCACUUGAUGUCACCAAGACCUGGCCAGAGGAUAUCAUCCCACUGCAGCCUGUUGGACGGAUGGUCCUGAACAAGAACAUCGAUAACUUCUUUGCAGAAAAUGAACAGAUUGCUUUCUGCCCAGCUAUCAUUGUCCCUGGAAUCCACUAUUCUGACGAUAAGCUACUUCAGACGAGAAUUUUCUCCUACGCUGACACCCAAAGGCACCGCCUUGGUCCAAACUAUCUGAUGCUUCCUGUGAAUGCACCAAAAUGUGCUCACCACAACAACCACCAUGAUGGCUUCAUGAACUUCAUGCACAGGGAUGAAGAGGUGAACUACUUCCCAUCGAGGUUUGAUUCAGUCCGUCAUGCUGAGAAGGUUCCUAUCCCUCCCCGUGUUCUGACAGGCUGCCGUGAGAAGUGCAUUAUCCAUAAGGAGAACAACUUCAAGCAGGCUGGUGAGAGAUACCGAUCCUUUGACCCUGCAAGGCAAGACCGGUUCAUCCAGCGGGUGGUUGACGCUCUCUCAGAUCCUCGUGUUACCCAUGAGCAUCGUAGCAUUUGGAUCUCCUAUUGGUCUCAGUGCGAUGCAUCCCUCGGCCAGAAGCUGGCAUCUAGGCUCAACCUGAAGCCGAACAUGUAGAUUGACAAGGACGAAAUCGUGCACAGACAAGGCGCACCCGGGGUGGAUACAGCAUGAAGUGUGUGAUGUUGGGAAUGGUUGUAACAUUGAAUAAAGAGUAAUGGACGUGAUAGUAGUACGUAUCCUGAGGUGUGAACCAGUGGUUGUUAUCCUAUCCAGGAACUUUGCCCUGCUUCAUCUUUGCAAGAAAGACAUACAGUACAAUAAAGAAGAAUGUGGUGGAUUAUAACA